AAUGCGCUUUGCACAAUCACUUCCCGAUUAAUAGCGCGCACACGGUCUGUCAGACUUUCAUUGACUACCGACUGGUAUUGCAAAAAGAUGCGCGCAAUAUCAGCGCAAGCGCACGUCCCAGCGUCCCACGACCUUGCAAUCAAUGCCGCGCGACUAUACCUCAUCAAUUUCUUCUCGUGCAGUCUUCGGCGAAAUCUGUCGGCGCGAACAUGUCAAUUAUACGCGAUAUGUCCGUGACGUUGCCGAACUCCAGUUAUCAGCGGGACAUUCGAUAUGUCUUCAAGCUGAACAAUUGGAUUCUGGGCUCGCUCGGUAUUUGGCCAGUCGCGAUACGAGGCAUUAGACAGCACAUGUUCAAGAUUGCGAUCACGAUCUGGAAUCUCGCGUUGAGUUUCGCGAUAGUGCCCUGCGCUUUGCAUAUCGUUUAUGACGAAAAAGAUAUCAUCUUAAGGAUGAAGCUAUGCGGCCUGUUGGCCUUCUGCCUCACCGCGAUGACGAAGUACUGCAUCCUUGUGAUACGUCGCCCUAAAAUACAUCGUUGCAUCGAACACGUGAAGAACGAUUGGUGGCAGGUAACAUUCAGGUCCGAUCGCGAAUUGAUGCUAAGGUACGCUACUACCGGUCGCAAUCUGACGAUAAUCGGCGUGUCUUUCAUGUACGCCGCUGGCAUCAUUUAUCAUUUUAUUCUGCCGUUCUGUUCCGAGCACAAAAUCAACAAUCAAACUAUCAGACCGCUCGUGUAUCCGACUUACAGUAAAUUUAGCCAGUCACAAAUCAGCCCUGUAUACGAAAUCGUGUAUGUGGCUCAUUGCAUGUGUGGAUACACGAUAUAUUCAGUAACAGCUGGUGCCUGCGGUUUGGCCGCCUUGUUCGCCACUCACGCAUGUGGCCAAAUUCAAAUACUUGUUUCACGAUUAGAAGAUGUGUUACUCGGCGAAAGAUUCGAACAAAUCCCGAACGUUCAUCGUCGAAUCGCUGCUAUCGUACAAAAUCAUGUACAAAUAAUAAGGUUUGCGGCUGUAGUGGAGGAAGUAUUGCAAGAAGUGUGUUUAGUAGAGUUCACUAGUUCUGUAUGCACAAUAUGUCUGCUCGAAUACUACUGUAUAGUGGAUUGGAAAGCGGACGAUAGAAUUGGUUUAGCGACCUAUCUUUUGCUCCUUGUAUCAUUCUGCUUUAAUGUUUACAUACUAUGCUAUAUCGGCGAGGUUCUUAUGGAAAAGAGCAGUCAAAUUGGAUCGAUCUGCUAUAUGAUUAAUUGGUAUCAACUAUCGCCAAAAUCAACUCGCAGUCUUAUAUUAAUACUCGCAAUGUCUAGCCAUCCAAUAAAAAUCAGUGCUGGCAGAAUGGUAGAUUUAUCAUUAACAACUUUCGGAAAUGUAUUAAAAACUAGCGUGGCGUACCUGAGCUUCCUACGGACGUUAGUCAUGUAUUAAUAAAUUGACUGCAAUUAUAUGAAAUACAUAUAUAUAUAUAUAUUAAGAAAUAUUUUAAUUUAAUCUAAUUCGUGUUUUUAACAUAAAAAAAC